AUAACUGAAAUACUGUUAAAAGACAAACAAACUAACAAAAGACAUUGCAGAUCAAUAUGUAAUGAUUAACCCUUUUGCACUCGUACUACAGAAUUACAAUUACAACGGAUAUUCUUAAUGUUUUAUAUUAGCCUAGUUUAAGAUUAUACCUAGUUUUGUAUUGGUCAUAGUGUUGCGUUUCUCUGAAAAACGUAUCCUGAGAAAAAGUAGUCUCUACAAAAAUAAUUAUUGAACUGACGGCCGCCCCUGCGGCGUCGGAGGAACUCCAUUCCGCGAAAUGGAGUCUUUAUUCGUGUUUUGUACACCUUUUCAUUAUUUCCAUCCCCGGAAGUAAUGUAAUGCACGGAGAAAGGGAAAAAUUCUACAAAUUCAGAAAAGAAAGGAAAUCCAAAAGUUUUUUGGACUCUGUAGUAAAGGAGACAUGGAUAGUGUGAGAAGCAGUGCUGGACAUGGUUUGUCCACAGGGCAGUUAGGAACUAUGGAUCGAAAUAGAAACUUCACACAAAAUCUCAACCAGUGCAGUAUAAAUAGUACCAUCUACAGAUCUACGCAAGGACAAAGCCAGUUCCUUGUUAAUACAGUAUACACAUCUAUGCAAGGACAAAACCUGUACUACAGUAACAAUACCAAUUCCACAUCUAGACAAGACUGUAACAACAACAGUCAGUUCAGUGACUUUCAGAGAAGGGUAAUGGAUAAAGUGAAAAAUAAAACUUCCCUUGUUAGGCAGGUGUGUGACCGUUCAAGAGGGCCUGGGGUGUUACGAAGGGUAGUCCAAAAGUGUAAAAAGAAACUGAUAGUACCAGAGUCUAAACAGAAACUGAACGUACCAGAUUGUCAACAGAGUCAGAAAGUUCCAGAUUGUCAGCAGAGUCAGAAAGUCCCAGAUUGUCAACAGAGUCUGAAAGGCCCAGAUAGUAAACAGAGUCUGAAAGGCCCAGAUAGUAAACAGAGUCUGGAAGUCCAAGAUAGUAAACAGAGUCUGAAAGUCCAAGAUUGUCAACAGAGUCUGAAAGUCCCAGAGUGUAAACAGAGUCUGGAAGUCCAAGAGUGUAAACAGAGUCUGGAAGUCCAAGAUAGUAAACAGAGUCUGAAAGUCCAAGAUUGUCAACAGAGUCUGAAAGUCCAAGAUUGUCAACAGAGUCUGAAAGUCCCAGAGUGUAAACAGAGUCUGGAAGUCCAAGAGUGUAAACAGAGUCUGGAAGUCCAAGAUUGUCAACAGAGUCUGAAAGUCCCAGAGUGUAAACAGAGUCUGGAAGUCCAAGAUAGUAAACAGAGUCUGAAAGUCCCAGAGUGUAAACCAAAUCCGGUUGCUCCACUGUGUAAACAGAAUUUGGUUGCUCAAGUGUGUAAAAGGAAUCUGAUUCCUGCAACAAGUGAACAAAUGCAAUUAGUUGAAUCAGUUUCAGACACAAGAAUUGUUAAUAUUAAAAGAAAUGUACAUUGCUUAGAUAUUAAUAACAAUAUUAUUACAAAAGACGAAGAACCUGGUAAAAGAACUUUGGAACUCGAUAAACGUACUGUGGAACCUGACUCAGACUUAAAUAGUGGAGAGGAAAAAGAAAGAAAGAAAGUUACUGAAGAUGACAAUGCGGAAGCUGGAGUAAAAGAAACAACAUCUCCAAAUGAAGACCAGUCCAUAGAUGAUCAUUCAGAAGAUUAUGUCAGUGUUGGACAGAAGGCGGUUGUAUUCUGUUUGCUGUGUAAAUGUCAUGUUGCAAGACCGAUCUUUCCUCUACACCUUAAGGGACGCAAACACACUCAGAUGAAGGAGGUUCAUUUUCAGGAGAAAGAUAAAGGUGGUAAAAUAGGCAAAGAUGGCAUGAAACCAUCAGAAAAAGGAGGUAGUACAUCAAAAGGUUUUUCAGGUGAAGUGCUUACCAAAAAACUUCUUACUAGAAGGAUAGAUGAAAAUAUAAAGAGCCCUAUCAGGCAAUAUUCCAGGGAAGAAUUACUUGAGUUACAGAAUGCUCCAGCUUCCAGACCUAUUCCAGACAGUUUGGAAAAAGAUUUUAUUGUUGAUGGCAUUUGGAAUGCGGAAAAGUUCAAUGCAUUUCACAAGGGAAUGGCUUGGAAUUGUGCUAAAAAUCCCAGAAAAAGGCCAGCUGAAUUGUUGAGGGAUAUCUUACAGGAGCAAGGCAUACUCGGGAAACGAAGAAAGCUGGAGCAAAAUGCUACAAAGAGUACCUUUAGGGUAGAAGGUGAAGUUCCUACAGACAAAGAACCAUUCAAUAAAAGGAUAGGAGAGAAAGUAACGGGUCCAGUUAGACAGUAUACCAGGGAAGAGCUUCUAGAGUUACAGAAUGCUCCAGCCUCAAGGUGUAUACCAGACAGUUUGGAGAAAGAUUUCAUAGUUGAUGGUAUAUGGAAUGCAGCAAAGUUUAAUGCAUUUCAUAAGGGUGUUUCUUGGAAUGCUAAAAAUCCUAGAAAACGGCCAGCUGAGUUUUUGAAGAACAUCUUACAUGAGGAAGGUAUACUUGAGCAAAGAAAAAAGAAGCAGGAGAUUGAUUUAAGGAAAGCUGAAAAGAAUGUUAAAACUGUACGGUUUGAGUUGCCACCAAAGAAAUAUCCUCUAAUCAAUUUUGUACCACAAAUGACACAGUUGAACCCUUCACCUCAUGAUAGAGUAUAUCAUUUUGGUGGUGAUAGCAAAGCUGUGGAACAAAGUGGAGAAAGAUACACAGUAUUAAAAUCACAGGAGACAUCUGCAUGUUCUCACAAGAAAUGCAUGAGAAGUGUAACGAAAUUGGCGGAAACAGAAUUUAAAGAAGAGGUGAUCAUAGUAGACUCGGAUGAUGAUGACGCUGUUGAUAAAGGGGGAAUUGGUAAACAACAUAAAAGUGGUUUAGAGGAUCCUGAGGUUAUUGUAAUAGACUCUGAAGACAGUACAGAAACAGAUAGUCAAGAUCCAUUAGACAAAACAGUGAAGACAAUAUAUUGUACAGUAUGUAAAUCACAUGUUGAUAGUGAAAACUGGCCUCGACAUAUGAGGGGAAAAAGACAUAGACUGAAAAGGAAGAAAAGAAUGGAUAGUAGACGAAAACAGAACUUAUUCAAAGUGUGCAUUGACCAGUUGAGGAAACAGGCAGAAAAAAGAAAGCAUGAAUAUAGGUCAAAAAGGGAAAACUUACGUAGCGGUUGUCGAGGUUUACAAGAAAACGAGAGGCGAAAUGAUAAAAAGUCCUCAAGUGAAUGUGUAAGGAGACAUGGAAGAAAAAGAUCGAAAACAGAUGAAAGGAGGAGACUCAGAGAAAAACACGAAAGGAGAAGAUCCGCAGAGAGAAAAUCGUGUGAAAAGGACAGUAAUUCCCACUACGAAAAAGCCUCUUCAGCUGUCGCAGGCAGAAGUCGGGAUGUAUUUUGUGGGCGAGAAAAAGUAGACGAGUGUAGGGCAUCACAUAUAAAUGUCACUGAUGCAAAGACGGAACACUAUAUUGAAAUGACUAAAGAGAGUGAAGUUGACUCCAACGGUCUUGUGCACGUAAUAAAUCCAGAGGACGAUUACAUAAUACAGAAGGAAUGUUCUAGUGAUCAAGUGAACACGGAAAUUGCAUAUAAUCUGGACUCAGACUAUCAUUCCGUGCUGAUAGCAACUCCCUAUAUACCGACACAGACUUCUGAAUAUACUCCUCCAAAGAAAGCUUGUCUUCAGUCUGAACUGCCGGUGUCCUCAACCGAAAACGAGAAAUCAGACAUGGACACGCAGGACAUUCAGUCAAACCAUGAUAAUGUUUUUGCUGAAUUGCCUAGACCCGUCAUAAUACAUGAGGAUUCAGUUACGAAGACGCAAGCAUCUUUAUCAUCAGAGAAUCAUGGUACAAAAUGUGAAUUCUUCGACAAAUCAAACAAAAGUCGACAGUUGAAUAUAAAUAUGAAUGAGUCUACACUGUUAAAUGGUGGCAUUAUAACUUUAGAACCAAUCAUUGGAAAUGUAUCCUCUAAAACGAAGAUAGAUAAAACAUUCUGUAAUAAUAUAACAAAAUUCCAACCAGACAUAUCAAAGGAAUUUAAUGGAAUAUCUAAUAGCAAUAUGCAGGAAUGCACGUCUACAAAUAUAGACAGUACUUUAUCUCAUCUGUCUGCAGGUGCCAGUCAAAGCGAAGUAUCAAAUGUAAUGGUGCAUGAAACAUCACCUGAAGUUUUGUCAAAUAUACCUAAACUUUCAUCAACAACUGAUAUUGGAACUAAUUCUGAUUUAAUUGUAUCAAGGUCACAGACUGAAUUUUCAAAUGCAAUGAAUACACAAGACCCACCAGGUAUUGAAACCAGUAAAAGUUCUAGUAAUGAUCUAUCAACACGGACAGGUCAGAAAGGAGAAGGGUCAGAUGAAGGUACAAAUGAUACCGGAAAUACGUCUCAAAUAAUUGUACCAACCUCACAUAUCAAAACUUCCCUUGUUAUGAAUACACAGGAGUUAUCGGGUAUUAAAGACAAUGACAGUGAUCAUUUGGAUUUUUCUGUACCUGAAGUUCAAAAGGAGGCAACAUCAGAUGCUGAAGUCAGCGACUCUUCUGUUCAGAAACAUGGGAAAAUCAAAACUGCAUCAGAUUCGAAUGCGGUGGAUCCUGGUUCUGAUUUGGAUUCAUCUAUCAUAAAUUCAGAAGCAGUUGCAAUACCUGCUACUGGUCUUAAUACAGAUAUCUUCCAUAAAGAUCACAACUGUGUGGCAGUGUUUCCUUGGGGUGUAGAUAGGAACACUGAAAUGCUGGAGUUACAUCACAACAUAGGAUGUAAACUUGCAGUGAAAAUACAUAUACCAGAAGAAAAAUACCCAUGGGUAAAUUACUCUGAAAGGCUACACGGGCUUAUCAGCAAUAUACUUAAACAUAUACAGCAUGAAUCGGGAUGUCAGAUUCAACUCAAGAGCACGAAAUCGGUUCUUCAUCAAAAUGAAGGAAUCUAUUCAGGUGUUCCUGAAAAACAUCAUAUUCUCAUUGAAUCAUAUGGUGUGGCCGAUAUUGCCUUUGCAAAGCUAGCAGUAGCAGUAAGGAAGAUUAAAGAUUUUAUGAACUCAAUUAAACAGAAGGCUGUACAUACACUGCAGAUGAAGCAACAGAUGACAGUAUACAACCCUCAGAAUAACAUUGGAUUUCAUUCCAAGUAUCACAGAUACCAUCCGUUGUAGUAGUACUCAAAGCAAAUGGUUAGAUCGAAGGUGAUGUUUGAGGUGAAGUACAGCUUGUAAGAUUCGAACAGACUGAAGACAUGCUCCGAAUAAACUAGUUUGAUACAUUUAUGAUGUUAAACAAAUACAUGUAGAUGUGUUAUUACACAGUCAUAUGAAUAAUGAACAAUUACACAGUCAUAUGAACAAAGUAGGAUUACUUAGAAGAUGUAUGUGUGAAAUGAAAUGCCGAGAUAAAAGGAAACUUUACAUGAUAUCAGCUGUGAAUGAGUACUGACUGGUCCAGUCAACCUAGCAAAUAAAUGCUGAAGAGUGUUCGUUAGAUGGGUUUGUUCAACCGAGUUGGGUAGGAACACGUGCAUAGGGUAAUAAUGUGAAAAUCUGUCAAGUCGAAAGGUCCUACGGACGUUACUUAAUGCCUGUUUUAUUUACGGAAACUAAAUGAUGUUACAUUUUUGGUAAACAGGAUUCCCUAACACUGUUGAUAUACAUGUAUGAACAUACCAAUAUGAUAUUUAUUUGUUGUCCGGUUUUUACAGAUAAAGUAGAUUGAUCUCUCGGACAAGUCGUGCGUGAUAUUAUAUAUUUAGUUUAUGCAUUGUUGUUCAUAUGUUGCUGCUUGAAGGAAGAGAAUUGGACUCAAAAAAAGCGUUAGAUGUUUGAAAAAGACAAAACUGCCUAAAUAUUUAUCUUAAACUAACUACAAAGCAGCAUUUCAUCGCCUCGUCUUGAUUCUAUAUAUUUAAUAAAAUGAAUUUUUACACUGAAACGAUUAUAAAUGUAUAUUAAUUGCGUUGAAAAUAUAAAAGGUACAUACAUGUAGGCAUUAAAUGCUGUUAUUAUGAAUAUUUUACACGUGUAUGCUAUCCAAUAUAUAAAACAUGUUUAUAUGCAAAACAUAAAGCUGCAUUUGUAUGUAAUGAUCAUGUUUUGCCAGAACAUCAUAACUGUGUGAUUUUGUUUUUGUCAGUCACUGUGUUAUAUUAAAUAUUUGAGUUAACAUGUGUUCUGUGCAGCCACCUGGGUGAAAUAUACAAAAAUGCAGUGCUAAACUACCUGUCCUUAUCGCUAAUUUGGUUGUUAUUCAUUUGAUUCAAAUUAAGUUUGAAAUGUGUGGUUUACAUUAAGCAGCAUUAUUGGAUCUUUCUUGAUCAUUACUUUCACAAGUUAUAUGUCUGUUUAGUUAUUCUCUCGUAUGUUAUAAAUUUAUUAUGCUUAGCUCUUAGCCUGCUAGCGGCAACCUAUUCUGCCUUUCCAACCUGUGCAGACCAUGAUCAGUCUGCACAUCAGGCAUUUUGAAUAUAUUUUUGAAUUAAUGUUUACUUGCAUUCAUGUGUGUUUUAUACUGAAUGUAAAGUUAUUUUUGAUAAAAAUUUACUUGUACAAUGCACUAUUUUUUCAAUGAGUUGCAAAUAUUUGAUAUUCUUUAUAAAUGCAUUUUUCAAAACAGUUAUUCCUUUUUGUUUCCUUUUUUUCUACAUCUGGUUUUAAAAACAAGAACACGAUGUGUU